UCCUCUGACACUCCACCAACUCCCGACCUUCGAAACCAACAAGGAGCGAAAGCCCGCAACCAAAAAAAAAUGGACACGGGUUUCUCUCAAGACUCGGUUUUACGUUUUCUCCAGAGCAGAGGAGGCUCGGUGAAAAAUGCCGACCUGCUCCUCCACUUCAAGGGCUUCCUGCGGGAUCACGCCGACCAGGUUCGUAACCGCGAACUCUUCAAAAAGUUCGUCAACUCGGUGGCCACGGUGAAGCAGGAGCACGGCGUGUCGCACGUCGUUCUCAGGAAGAAAUUCAGAGGUUCGGGACCGAGUGGCGUCGGAACCGCGGCUUCCGGGACGCGCGAGCGGAGUCCCGCCGAGCCACCGCCGCCGCCGCCGCCGCCCUUGAACCCGGCUUGGAGCAAAGAAAAAGUUCGUCACAAACCCCGUCCCGGAGAGGAGGCAGCAUCCGCUGACGUGAACAAAGUCCUCCCGGCGGCUGGUAUCGUGCUCAACAACAACAACAACACCGUCGAAAGCAAUUUGAACUUGACGCUGGAACCGAAGCAAGUUCCCCGAGCCGAAGCAGCUGCGGCGGUGAGUCGAGCUCAAAUCUCAGCCGAAACACACCCGAGGCCCCAAGGUGCCGCUGUGGGACAGAGUCAUCCCCGAGCCUCGGUCCCACACGGACAAAUCACCCAGCGGGUGUCACCUCCCGGACCCCCCGAAACCAAAAACGGGGGGCUUCCUCAUGACGGUCUAAAGGCUCCGCCGCGCCACACGAGAAACCGGCAGAGCUACAAAACCGCAGUCUCGCAUGAUGAUGACGACGACGACGAUGACGAAGGGCUCAAGAUGAACCUAAGCACAUCAGGAGUUGGACCUCUCAGGGGUCCUCUUGCGCCCCUCGCCGAAUCCUCCACAAGCCAUUCCGUUGCCUCCUCGCCGACGGAGAGGAUCGUUCCAAUGAUUUCUAUCCAGAAUGUGGCAGAAGGAGAGCCGCGGCUAAGAGGACCAAAGCCGAGUACGGCCGUGGUCCCGGUCUCGAUGCCCGACCGGCGUAGUCUACCCGCAGAUUGCUCCUUACUGUCUCCAAAUCCGGCUGAAGACGAGGGGAGGCGCUACUCGCAGCCCGCGGGUGUGGUUCCCGAGCCCGGACGUGAUUGGAGUCCAAUUGAAAGGACGACGCUCUCGAGCAGCCACGGCAGCGUCUUCUCCUACGCGCCGGACGCCGGCACCACUGACAAGCUGCCGUUCUUCGCAGGCGCUCCGAUGGAGGCUUUCAAAACUCAACAGGUCCUUCGGCGACCCCCCGGGACAAAGCGUCACGAUGAACUGAAGGUCGGCGGCGCACCCUGGCACCACUCGAUGGGCGAUCUCCUCGACGAGCGGGCAUUUGAUGCCCACGUGGCGCCGUUCCAUCGCUCCACGGAGCAUCUCGAGCAGCGCUGUGCGCCCACAGGAGUUCCGUGGCACCACUCCUCAGGUGAUCUGCACGACACCCGCCAAUCAAGCGACUCCCCGGCCGCGUCGCGGCGGCGGGGCCCGUCGCUCGCCAGGCGCGUCGGCGGUCGGCUGAGCGGCCGCAUGUGCCGCAGCAUGGGCGCCGACCUCAACCAGCUCCUGCGGGAGGACGAGGAGCCCGAAGAUGGAGCGGGCGGGAACGAAGCGGCCAGGCGGCGCCGCCUCCACCGCAUCUCGUCCUCGCUGAGCCUUCGCUACAACCUGUCGUCGUCCUCGCUGUCGUCCUGCUCCUCGCCGUCUCGCUGCGACAGCUUGGCUGACUUGGCCGAGGGGGUGAAAGCCAAAGGGAAGACCGCCGCCCAUCACCAAAGCCACAGUCGGCAGUCGUUGGUUCCGCUGGAGCCCAGAGAACACGCCUGGCUGGUGAAAGGGGCGUCGGGAGCUUGGCCGGACGUCUACUCGCUGUUCCGCGAGGACUGCACUCUUCUCAACAGACGGGACUUCAUCUCCGGUUUCACGGUGCUGCACUGGAUCGCCAAACACGGCGACCAUCGAGUCCUCAACACACUCUGGUACGGUGUGCAAAAGGCCGGUUUGGCCUUCGACAUUAACGCCAGGUCGUCGUGCGGACAAACGCCGCUUCACGUCGCCGCCAUCCACGCCAACAAGAACAUGAUACGCCUGCUGGUCAACAAAUUCGACGCCGACGUGAAGUUGAGGGACACGGCCGGGAAGAAGCCGUGGCAAUACCUGAGCCCGAGCGCGCCGCAGGACGUCUUGCGCUUGUUGGGAGCGCCCACGCGCCACGUCGCCGACGGCGGAGGGGAAGCGGGAUCCCCCGCAGGGGAAGGCGGGGACCAACGGAAGCCGCAUCAGCGCCGACGCCAGCGGCGUCACCGCCUGUCCUUCGCCCCGCAGGACCAGAGGCCCAGGACCGUCUCGGGCACUAAAGUCAAGCGCUCGUCAUCAAUCGCCGCCUUCUUAAAGCACAAGUCACUGGCUCGCUUUCACGGGGACAAGUCUGACAGCUAAGGCGCACCGCCGUUGCCUUUUGGAAUUUUUUUCCAACUGCUUGAUUGACAAACACACCUGCACUUGCCUCGUUUUCCAAAAUUCUCCGCAAAUGUGGAGAGCUUUUUCAGUAAUUUUUCCAUUUCCUUGACAUCUGGCUGAAGUCCUGUCGGGGAAGCAAAUUCGGCACUUCCUCACACUGCCCCCCCCCUCCUCCACCCCCACUACUCUUUGACAUUUCUGCACACCAGGAGGGAAACUUCGGAGCGCUAGUUGGUCAACUACACGUUACUCUUGAAGCAACCCCACCCCCCAACCCCCCCCCCAAAAAAAACCAGGCUCUCUUUUAAUCUCGCACUACGUUUCCACAAAGUGUGAGGCCCCAUUUUAAAGUGUUCAUAUUUUUUAAAGAGUUGUUCAUCAUUCCAGUCGUUCAACUGAUCGAAUGCUGUGCUAAAACACAUUAGCCUGCUAACAUGGUGCCUUUUAACCUCUGAAAUUGAUGUCGUCUUCAUUUAAUGCGGUGGUUGUUUUCAUCUGGGUGUUAGUUUCCGUUCUCCUCUCGAUGGCUCGACUUCGGGGUUGAAGAAAACGCUGAUGCGACCAAGUACUCGGCGUUUAUGCGUCACGGUAUCGAACCUGUUGGAAACGUCAGCCGUGUAAUUCUCCAUCCAUUUUAUGCAAUCAUCACUUGUUGAUGUGUCGACUGUACUGAGCAGUAUUUUUAUUCGUCUUUGGCUGGACAACGUUCACAGCGUAUUAAACGUAUUUCUCAAAUGGUUGCGUUUCUGUGAAGAACCACAAUCAAAAUGCCUGA